CAGCGGGGCGGUUACCGCCUGAACCAACAACCGGUCUGUACCGGUCACUCAGCGCUGCCCGUCCCGGCGUGUCCCGGUCUGUACCGGUCUGUACCGGCGUGUACUGGUCUAUACCGACCGGCCACCGACUGCGCCGGUUGUCAGGAUUACUGAGAAUUUGUACUGUUAAACAGAAGAUGAUACAAAUUGUCAUUAUAAAGGUGGAGGAUUCUGGCUGUUUCUGGGGGAGAAUACCACAUGGCUUCAGUGAUCUGGCUGAAAAUGAAAAUCAGUAUGAAAGAUUAGAAGUAAAGAUGAACCAGCUGUACCAUAGGAGCCAUGAGGAAUUAGAAGAAAUUAAACUUCCUGUUCUAGAACAAGGCCAGAUCUGUGCUAUUUAUUGCCAUGAACUCCGUUGCUGGUGCAGGGCAGUUCUGGAAUCUCUUGUACCAAGUGGAAGCAGUUACCUUGCAGAAUGUUUCCUAGUUGACCAUGCAAAGCACAUUUUGGUGAAGGCAAAAGAUGUUCGAAGGGCAGUUGAUACUUUUUGGAAGUUACCAUAUCGAGCAAAAAAGUUCAAUUUAUUUGGCAUACAGCCAAUGACAUUGAAUUUUAAUGUUUGCGAGGAGAAAGCAAUUAUUGGUCCAGCAAAAAGAUGGGAUAGCGCUGCAAUACAGUAUUUCCAAAAAUUGUCUCAAGAAUCUCAGACUGCUGAAGCAAAAUUAAAAGAUUUUGCUGGGGAUACCAUUGCAGUUCAACUAUAUCUCACUCUGAAAGAUGAAAAGGUGUGUUUGAAUGAUGAUUUAGUGGCAAAAAUGUUUGCGCAUUACAUUUCACCAAAGAAGCAAAAUCUAUCAGAAAGCCAGACAUCGUCAGAAUUGUGCAGGAAGAAAGAAACACCAGUGAAAAACAAUGUUGAUUAUAAAACGUUAGCCCUUUGGUCUGAAAUUCUGGAAGGGUCUACAAUAGAGGAACAAAGUCAAGGUUUUUCAGGCCAGGAAUCAGAUGUUCAAUGUCAACAAGGCCAAGAAAGAAGUAUAUCUUGUGAACACAUGAGUAAACAAACCAGUAAGACACCCUCAUUGUCGCAUCACCCAACAUCAGCAGAGCCUCUCCAAGCAAUCUUCCUAUCAGAAAUGCAUUCAGAUGAGAAGAUGAGGUAUGUGAUAUACCGUAUGAAUAAGUUCCUAGGUCCUAGGAGCAGAUUUAGGCCAUUUGACCCAUUGUGUCUACUCCGCCAUUCAGUCAUGGCUGAUCUUUCCCUCUCAACCCUGUUCUCCUGCUUUCUCCCUGUAACCUUUGACACCCUCACUAAUCAACAAUUUUCUCUCUUGCCUCUAGUGGAAAAUCUCACCAGACCCUGGAGGCUUAUCCUCCUUAAUGCUCUUCACGUUCCCAUCACCACCUCCUACUUGAUCUCAAAAUGCCGCAUGUAUGUAAUUGCUUUACACAGACUCUUACAGUUUCUAAACCCAGAUCCAUUCAACACAAAAAGAGUACUUCAUCCACAACAGCCAUCUUUGAAAAUAGCCUUUGACCGAUGGAGUAGCGUCCUGGUGCAUGCAGUUAACAAACUGACUCCAUGUAGCAGCAUGGAAUUUGCACCAAUUUCUCUGGAUUUAAAAAAGGAACUGUGUAAGAAAAAUAUUAGUCCCGAUGUUGUGCAAUCGUACUGCUGGCCAGCCAUCAGCCGCGGUUGUGAUUUAGUUGCAGUAUCACGUCAAGGAGAUGAUCCUCUUUUAUACAUCCCUCCAUUGUUGACAUUUCUGCAGUUUCCAUCCGUGUACAGUUUCCAACCCAAGCGGAAUUUGCCAUCAGCAAUAAUUGUGUGCCCUGGACAAAAGAAGGCCCAUUUUGUAUGCCAAGUAUUAAGCGACUUGACAAAGUUUUCACAACGGUUUAAUCUAUCUCUGGUAUUGGUUGGACAAGAUCCAGAAGAAAGUAAGAAAAUAAAGCUUGUCAAAGGAUGUGAUGUAGUUGUUACCACUCCACACAGUCUUGUACGGGUCCUCAAAACACACUGCCUGUUUUUCAUCAGACUUGGUCAUUUAGUAUUGGACACAGUUGAUGUGCUAUUCGAUAAAGCAAUGGAUGAAGUGACUACUAUCUUGCAAUGCUUCAGGGAGGCUACUAAUGUCCCAGAAAGACUGUCAACUCCACAACAGCUCAUAGCUGUUGGAAAGCAGUGGAGAAAAGAAAUGGACAUUUUGGUUAAGGAAAGUCACGGUGAUCCUUAUGUUGUUAUAGCAGCCAUGGAAGAAGCUGCACUUUAUGGAAACGUACAUCAGAUAGUGCAGCUUUGUCUAGACCAUGAGAAAACAUCGCAGUUAUUGACCAUAUUGGACUUCACCUCUGAGGUUGUACAGAAGACUGUAAUUCUUGCUAAUUGUGCUGAGGAAGUGGAUCAUCUGUGUAAAGCUUUGGACAGCAAUUCAAAUUUCUGCAUCAAAGCCCAUGAAGGAAGAAGCUGGAGCCAAAUAAUGGAACAGUGGAAUAAUAAAUUCAGCCCUGGCACACAUGUAAUAUUAGUCACAACAGAUGAGUGCCUCCAAGCGCUGGGAAUUACAGAUGCCACCAAUGUAAUCCAUUAUAGUUUUCCUUCAUCUCAGGAAAUAUUUGGAGCUCGCCUGUGUUGCAUGGUUGACAAUUUUAAGAACCUGAUUAUAGAGGAAUCAACUCUUCGAACUCAGUCAAUUAUUAUAAUGAGUGACAAAAAUGCGCCUCAAAUAGUCUCCUUUCUUCAGUACCUAGAAAGAACAGAAGCCAAAAUCCCUACUGAAUUGUAUAAGUUUAUUUCUAACUUGAAUGACAAAGAUGACAAUUGCUAUGACAAAUCUAUAUGUAAAUACCUUAAAGCGUAUGGAAUCUGCAGAGAUAUUAAAACUUGUGCAAGUCGUCAUAAAAUUCACCCAAAUAUGGACAAACCACGGCGCCUUUCAAAUAAAAAGUGUUUGCCGUCUCGAGGAUACGUUGAGAUAAUUCCGACUUGGGUCAGUGAUGCUUCUAUUUAUUAUGGCCGAAUAAUCCAUCACCGAAAUAAAUGGGAAAAUCCUCCAGUCUCAUUGGAAGAUGAUUAUCUGACCCUUCUAAAAGAUAUGGCUGAAUACUACAUGGACGAGAAUCACCAGAAACCGGUAGAGCAAUUGAAACUAUUUGCUCUGUAUGCACUUCAAGAAAAAAUGUAUUGCAGGGUGCAAUUAAUGGCAUUACCACCCCAAGAUCAAAGUACAAUUCUCAGUAAUGCAGAAGUGAAAUAUAUCGACAGUGGUCAAACUGGACGUGUGAUGCAAAAACAGCUGCUUGAACUCCCAGCUAAGUUCCAGCUUCUACCGGCACAGAUUGUUGAAUUUAUCGUCUCUAAGGUGAAACCUAUUGACCAUGAAAAGGAUUGGAAUCCACAGGUAUCCAGAUUUAUUAAGCAAAAAAUCAGCAAUAAAUCACUUGAAGCUAAAAUUGUCCUUGCUCUUGGUAAUACUCUAUGGCUACACCCUGUAGUACACCUGUCUAAAUUACCUGAUUUGAAAACCACAAUAUUAGACUAUAACAUACGCUCAGAAAUCAUGAAUUCCGGAUUUGGAGCUGACAAUGUGAGGCAUAUUGAAAGGGUGCAGGCUCUCUGCAGGGAAGCUGGCUUUGAUGUACCAGACGAGGAUUCUUCCCAAGAGGAGUUAUCUUAUGGUAAAGAUUUAGAAUGUGCCAUUCUUGAGAAUGAUGGAAAUUAUCAUUCAGUUAUUAUCUCUGAAUUUUAUACUCCAGAGUGCUUCUAUUUGCAGGCCAUAGCAAAUCAGGAAAAACUGCGUGCUUUGGAGGAUGAAAUUAACCAACAAGCUACAGAAAAGCAAGAUCAUAUUCAAAGUAGUUACGUGCCAAUUGUUGGUGACAUUUGCUUGGCAUUCUGUACAACAAAGAAAAGGUGGCGUCGAGUGAAAAUCAUGUCUGCUGACUAUUUUAACAACAACUGCCAUGUAUUAUUUGUGGAUUUUGGGUCAUACAGCUGGAUUUCUAUGAACAAAAUUCAACCUUUAAUGAAAGCUGCCCUUGCACUUCCUUUUCAGGCUAUCUGCUGUUCGCUAUUUGGUGUAGAACGUGUGGGGAAAAACUGGAAUCCAGAGAUUAAAGAGUUGAUAUGGACUACUUUUCAAACCAAGGAACUCCAAGCUAAAGUUAUAGAACAAAGUAGAAAUGAAUCAACUAAUUCUGAAUACUACCAUGUCGAUUUGCAAGAUCCAACUAAUGGAUGCUUCAUAACACUGUCAGAAUGCAUUAUAUCAAGAGGAUGUGGACGAGGGACUCCUGCAGCUAUGAAUCAAUUGUUUCCAGAAAAAGCACUAGAAAAUGGCCAAAGGAACUCCAUUCUUUGCCUUUGUUCAUCCUUGUAUGCGCUUUUGGGAGAUGAGCAUUCAUCUUCUUUAAGAAUCUCAUUAGUGGAAGAACUGAAAAACUUGGUACUGCACCAUCCUGCUGAGGGUUUAUCCGAAUCUGGUUGUUUGCGCUACUUAUGCAGAUUGCUGCGGUUCCUAUCUACUCCAAAAGAACAAGCUGAUGUAAUCGUCGCAAUGACUCAUAAGGCCAAGACGCAAGUACAAGAUUACAAUGAAAUCAACGAAGAAAGAGGAAUUUAUGUACUUGUGAGCCUACUUCAGGGUACAGCUAAUUCAGAGCUACAAGAAAGUGUAUGUAUUGCACUUGGGAUCCUUGGCAAAAGUAGUGACCUGUACUCAUCUUUUACUGAUGCCAAUGCAUUAAAGCUUCUUUGCGAUUUAUUGAAGAUGCCAGUGAAAAAUAACAUCUGGCAAGCUGUUAUAGAAGCUUUAGCUGAGCUUCUGUCAUCCAACAGGUUUUGUGAGGAAGUUGAAAAUCAACAGAUUGUCAGCCACCUUUGUGCAAAGAUUCAUCAAUCAUCAGAAGAUAAGGUUUUGGAAAACAUCCUAAGGGUUCUGUGUCACCUCACUGGAAGAGCUGAGAGUAUGAAUUUAAUGUUAGCAAAUGGACUUGAAUUAACUAUCGACAGGUUGUUAUUGAGCACAUCUAGCAAAAGUAUUUUAUAUAAGGUUGCAAAUAAAAUGAAGUUUUCACUGACCAGUUUGCAAAAUGUUCACCUACAAAAUGAUGCAGUCUAUUGUGAAGGAAAUAAUGAUAUCAUGGAUAUUCCCAGAGAGAAAUCAAGUCAGUCUACAGUGGAUCAUAAAAGCUUUCACCCUGAAAUAAAGUGGCAUCAGAAGGAUGAUCAUCUUGUGCUGAAUGUAAAGUUGCAAAAUGUGACACGACACUCAUGCAGAUUUGAUCAUUGCAAAGUGAUAUUCAGUGCCUCUGUUGAUGCCAAAUUAUACGUGGCAGAUUUGGAACUUCAAGGCAGUAUUUUAGAGGGAAAGUGCUCAUGUAUCAUAAAAAACGCAGAGCCUGUCAUUAUGCUGUUUAAAGAAGAGAGAGGUGCCUGGAGCAGUUUGCUGAAACUCAAGAAUCCAAAUGUUACUUUUGAUUUCAACUAUUUUGAGGAAAUGCCAGAUGAUGGAACUCUUCCAAUUUUCAAUGACAUGAGAAGUAAAGGACAUCCAUUGGUGCUAGAACCCAUUGUCGAUGAAUGGAAUAGUUUGACAAAUUAUUAUGACAGCUCCGAAGAAGAUUAUUGAAAAUUCUGGUAUAUUAAAAAAGUUUAAGGUCUUAGUUAUUCAAAUGGCAGUCACUUCAGUAAAGGAUUUUGUACCUGGGGUGUUCUUUGGAUUUCAGAUGUAAUUUCUAAAUAGUAUUUUCUAUAAAUAUAAUAAAGUGUAAAUUGGUUUUAUGUGUCCUUUAUAUUUCAAGGGGCAUUCAAUGGUUAACAUUAGAUUUAAUGUAAAGAUUGUCUUAUAAACAUAAUUGUCUCUCCAAAGACACAAAGUGCUGGAAUAACACAGCAGGUUGUGCAGCCUCUCUAGAGAGGCUGAUGUUUUAAGUCGAGGCCCUUCUUCAGACUGAUUGUAGAAGGGGGAAAGAAAGCUGGAAGAUAGGAGGAUACAGAUAAGGGGGAGUAAUGAUAGGUGGCUGGCUGGUCAGAGGACAGUUGUGAGCAAAAGGAGGAAGGAGUUCAUGUCAGAAGUGAUAGGAGUAGAAUUAGGCCAUUUGGCCCAUCAAGUCUACUCUGCCAUUCAAACAUUCUGAUCUAUCUCUCCAUUCUCCUGCCUUCUCUCUAGAACCCCUGACAUCAAUACUAAUCAAGAAUGUAUCUAUCUCUGCCUUAGAAAUAUCCAUUGACUUGGUCUGACUGACUUCUGUGGCAAAGAAGUCCACAGAUUCACCACCCUCUGACUAAAGAAAAGUUCUUUAAUGCUGAGGCUGUGACCUCUAGUCCUAGACUCUCCCACCAGUGGAAACAUCCUCUCUGCAUCCACUCCAUCCAGGCAUUUCACUAUUCGAUUUUGAUACGUUUCAACACCCCCUCAUUUUUCUAAACUCCAGCGAGUACAGGCCCAGUGGGUCAAAGGUUCAUCAUACGUUAACCCACGCAUUAAACCAUAUAACCAUAUAACAAUUACAGCACAGAAACAGGCCAUCUCGGCCCUACAAGUCCAUGCCGAACAAAUUUUGUUCCCCUUAGUCCCACCUGCCUGCACUCGUACCAUAACCCUCCAUUCCCUUCUCAUCCAUAUGCCUAUCCAAUUUAUUUUUAAAUGACACCAAUGAACCUGCCUCCACCACUUCCACUGGGAGCUCAUUCCACACCGCCACCACUCUCUGCGUAAAGAGUUCCCCCUCAUAUUACCCCUAAACUUCUGUCCCUUCUGUCCAUUCCUGGGAUCAUUCUUGUAAACCUCCUCUGGACCCUCUCCAGAGCCACCACAUCCUUGCUCAGAUACAGUGCCCAAAAUUGCUCAAUGUUCCAAAUGCAGCCUGACCAGCGCCUUCCCUGUUUUUGUAUUCUAGCCCUCUUGCAAUAAACGCUAGCAUUCCGUUUGCCUUUGCAGCAAGUUUCAAAUUUUUAACCUGGAAGGAGGAAUGGACCUGGAAGGGGGAACAUGGGUGUAAGUCCAGUGGUGGGUGGUUGGGGGAGGAGGGGUUUAAUGUUGUAUUCUCCCUCCUGCAAUCAUUCUGAACAAGGGCCCUGACCCAAAAGGCCACCUAUUCAUGCUGCCCAGAGAUGCUGCCUGACCUGCUGAGUUACUCCAGCACUUUGCCUCUUGUGUUAUAAACCAGCAGCUGCAGAUCUUUGUUAUUUAAUCCGUUUAUUAUUUAAUUAAUUAGCCCCUAAUUACUUCUCCACAUCAGUGGAUCUUCAGGAAACAAAUUGCAGGAAUUCUAAUUCAAAGCCCUAUGUUUAAUGACGGAAUCAAUUUUUGUUUAAAGUCUCAAAAUUCUGAAGAUUGCAGGUUGAUCAAGCAUCUCUCUGCCAACGGCUGAAACUAACAGUAGGGGGCAGUAGAGGGUACUUUGCGAAGUUCCACAUAAUGGUAUGAACAGUGCCUUCAAACUCAGGACUGUGCAGCAAAGAUCCUAUAGCGAGCAAGAUAGUCCACUCGACGAAAAAGGUGUAGUACUGUCAUGGGCAGAUUCAUAGGCAAUCUUCAGCCCCAUUUCCGUAACCGGCUUCCGUCUCCACCAUAGCGGAGCAAAGAUACUAGUGCGGAGACAGAGGCCGGUUACGGAAACAUCCUCGUCAAAAUCUUCUCAUUUUCUUUCUGCCUCUCUGCCACAAUAAAAAGCAAAAAGAUGCCUAUGUUCCUUCCACAGUGUGUGGGGAGUCUGGCCCGGAUCAGCACGGCUGGGACGCCAGUGUAUAGUUAUGGGGGGG